CCUCCGCGCCCCUCCCCCUCUCCAUUGAUCAACUUGUACCUUGGAGAUAGCCUUGGCGAGCCUUUCCCUCCCCCCCCCCACCCCCGGCUGCCGCCAGCUUCUCUCGCCUCUUUCCUCCGUUUGUCCCUCUCCCCUCCCCCCCUCGCCACUGCCUUGUGACACGCACAUUGUGGGAGUGUGUGUGUGGAUAGGGGGCUCUUCGCUUGCCAGCUUCUGGCUGCUCCCUACUGCAGUAGUCAUGGCUGCGGAUGGGGUGGAUGAACGCUCCCCUUUGCUGUCAGCCCCCGGCUCGGGCAAUGUCACGCCUACCGCACCGCCGUAUUUUCCAGAAAGCAGCCCUAGAGCCGAACUGCCACCUCCAUAUACCGCCAUUGCCAGUCCAGAUGCCAGUGGUGUUCCUGUAAUCAAUUGCCGUGUGUGCCAUUCGCUAAUCAACUUGGAAGGGAAGCUUCACCAGCAUGUUGUCAAAUGCACAGAUUGCAACGAAGCUACGCCAAUCAAAAACCCUCCUUCAGGGAAAAAGUACGUUAGAUGCCCAUGUAAUUGUCUUCUUAUCUGUAAGGAUACAUCACGGAGAAUAGGAUGUCCAAGACCCAACUGUAGACGCAUCAUUAAUCUUGGUCCAGUUAUGCUGAUUCCAGAGGAGCAACCAGCACAACCGGCAAUACCUGUUCAGCCAGAAGGCACUAGAGUGGUGUGUGGACACUGUGGAAAUACAUUCUUGUGGAUGGAACUAAGGUUUAACACUUUGGCAAAGUGCCCACAUUGCAAAAAAAUCUCUUCUGUUGGAUGUGCACUCCCACGAAGACGCUGUUGUGCAUACAUUACCAUUGGAAUGAUAUUUAUCUUCAUUGGAGUUGGAUUAACUGUCGGUACACAAGAUUUUGCCAGAAAUUUUCAUGCCACAUAUGUUUCUUGGGCUAUUGCUUAUCUCUUAGGAUUGGUCUGCCUAAUUCGAGCUUGUUAUUGGGGAGCCAUAAAAGUCAGUUAUCCAGAACACAGUUUUGCAUAGUCUCCUUAAUGGUAGGUUAUAGAAAGUGGGAAUCUCUAGAAUUCUGAUAAUAUGAGCAGAAUAAUUUAAACUUUUCCUUUAAUGUUUCCAUUCUGUUACAAGUAGUUUUUAAGACUGGGCAUCCUUUAAUAACAAAUGUUAAUUGCACUACAUUAUAUGCAAAUCAUUUGUUUUGCUGCUAGAUUCCCAAGCUCUGAAUACUAAAGCUUUGUUUACACAAUCAUACAUCUGUCUUAAAAGUACUGCUAUAUUGAAUUCCAUCCUACAGUAUUCUUUUUCUGUAUAAAACAUUGGUCUGUGCCAUUUGGGUAUGUGUAUGCAGAAGCAAGAAGUGUUUAUAGGCGUUUCUACAACUGCUUCACAUUUGUAAGUACACUUUAAAAACAAUCAAAGUGGCUUGCUUUAAACUUUAAGCAAUAAGCAUUUUGCUUGGACUGCUUACUGUAACUUUUGCCUAAGAUCAGAGUGGCUACUGAAUGUACAUCAUUUUUGGAGAGUGGAGCUUUUGUUAGAGAGACACCAUUUGUAAACACCCUAUGCUUUCAGAUUUCCAGGUCAAGAGAUGCAAUAUUUUGGUAUACCUUAACAAGUUAUUUUAUCCACAAUUUAAGUUCACAUUUGGGUUUUUUUUUUUCUUUGAAGGACCCUGGGACUUAAAUGUUUUUUACCUUUUUACAGGAAAAUCCUUAAAGCCAUGGAUUUAUGGAACAAUUAUUUGUAUGAGUUCCUUUACAGGGUCUAAGUAAGGGAAGUAUUUGAUAUGACUUGUUUUAUAAAUGUAGUUGACUAUAAGGUGAUGUAGGGUUACCUCUUGCUUUGGUUGGAUCAUGAUUUAUUUUCUCUAAUGGGAGAAUAAUUCUCUGUUCACCACAAAGGGAGAUAUUAUAGCUUUACACUAAUUGACAUGAAAUGAAAUAGAGUAAACAAUUACUCUAAUCAUUCCAUCAAGGUAUAACUGGUCAGUGUAAUACUGAUAACUAGUCAGAUGGUAAAUGUAAUUUUAAUGAAGCCUGUUCACAAAUGAAUAAGGGGACCAGUUAUUGCACUGCCCAAGUUUUACAUGAAGUUUUUCUAAAUUCUGAAGGAAUACCCUGAGCUCUUUAGAUACAGUAGUCAUUAGAUAAUGGGGGUCAAGAGGGUAGAUUAAUGUGGAUGUUCCAGGGUUGUAUAUAGUAUUUUAAAUUACCUGUAUUCCUUUUGGGGCAAAGCAAUGCUUGAAUGAGAACUUGGAGCACAAUAAAUAUCCUUCAAAUGGUACAUUAAAGUCUUUGUAUAAUGUUCAAUGUAUGAAAGCAGUAGCUCAGGAUUACCAUGUACCUUUUAAAAUACACUAAUAAAUAUUAUUAUUCAAAGCUAA